GUAGUGCUUUGGUGCUGCCUAUCAACAGUCUGAUGUUUGAACGCGGUGGGACAACAUCCGGCUCCGCAAAACUCAUUAUUUUCCGGCGACAGCGGAUACUGGCGACAACUCAAACGUCUAAACAGUGACUGGAUCACCAGUCUGUUGAAGUAAACUUCAAUGGAACUAGGAAUAGUGAAUGGCGGGUAUGAUAUCCAAGUAGAAUUAAAUCUCCCGGAGGACCCGCAAGAAUCGAAUUACGGCACAUUACAAAUUUCACAGUUGAAGGCUCGAGAAGAAAGCGUCAAUGGAAGUCUUUCAAGAAAGAAACGGAGGAAAUCCAAGACCCCGACAGAACCCGAAGAAGGAACAGAAGAGGUGAAUCCGUCAUGUUCGUUCCUCGGCAAUGCACUGGAAAAAUUCUGGGCUCACUUGAGCGACUUUGCUGUUAAAAGAAAGUCGUUGGUUCGCUGGCUUGUCUACAUUAUCCUAGCCCUUCUUUACAACGCCUAUUUCAUAGCCAGCAUUUACUAUUCAAUUCAUAAUGGCAUCCCGAUGGACUGGUGCAACGGUGUCGGCUUGCUCAUCAUUAUUACUGUCAUCACCUACGUCAGCCUUUUCUACUUCCAAGUUGUGAAAAAGUUUUGGGGGAAAUCCAUUGAUCGAGCCGUUUUAACACCAAUCGCAGCGCAUUUUGAUCGCGUUUGGAAAUUCCGCUUGGUCCAGUAUGGUGUUUACUUGGUGAUUGUCGCUGCCUUGAUCACAUUCCUUGUUAUCGAUACAAAGGACGAACGAUAUCGACUUGUCUCUUUCUUUGGUUUACUUGUUUUCGUGCUUCUCGGUUGGAUUUUCUCCAAGCAUCCGUCCAAAGUCAAGUGGAGUCAUGUAACCUGGGGUGUGGGACUUCAGUUUAUUUUCGGAUUAAUCGUCUUGCGAUGGGAAUUGGGUCGCCAGGUUAUCCAGUGCCUCGGCGACAAAAUCACCAUAUUCCUCGAUUAUUCCAACGAAGGAUCAGGCUUCGUUUAUGGCUAUUUGGUUACCGAUAAAAAUAUGGCGGGAAUCGUUCUUGGAUCUGUUUUUGCCUUCAAGAUACUUUCAGUCAUCUUCUUCUUCAGCUUCUUCGUUAGCAUCCUUUACUACUAUGGCAUUAUGCAGUGGGUCGUCCAGAAAAUCGGAUGGCUCUUGCAAAUAUCCAUCGGUACCACGGCCGCCGAGUCUAUGAAUGCAGCUGGGAAUAUCUUUUUAGGCCAAACCGAGGCCCCUUUGUUAAUUAGACCCCUUCUUCCUAAAAUGACCAAGUCUGAGCUUCACGCCGUAAUGACGGGUGGAUUCGCCACCAUAGCAGGCGGAGUUCUGGCAGCAUUCAUCAGUUUUGGUAUCAGUGCAUCCCAUUUGUUAUCGGCAUCCGUCAUGUCUGCACCGGCCGCUCUAGCCUUUUCCAAACUCUUUUAUCCGGAAUCGGAGAAAUCACAAACUAAAGCUGGAGACGUGAAAAUUCCUAAAGGGACGGAAUCCAACGCCCUCGAUGCGGCCGCCCAAGGAGCAGCUAAUGCCGUCUUUUUGGUACUGAAUAUCAUCGCCAAUUUAAUUGCCUUUUUAGCUUUCAUCGCCUUCCUUAAUGGAAUCAUCUCAUGGUUUGGUGGUCUUCUAGGAGCUCCAUACGUCACGUUCGAAUACAUCAUGGGCAAGAUUUUUAUUCCCGUCGCUUGGUUGAUGGGUGUGCCCGCAGCCGAGUGUGAUCUAGUGGCCAACCUUGUGGCUCUCAAGACUAUCGUCAAUGAGUUUGCAGCUUACAGCAAGCUAUCGGAAUACGUGGCACAAGGAAUCAUUUCGAAACGAGCUGAGACGAUCGCUACCUACGCCUUGUGUGGCUUCUCGAAUCCCGGGUCGAUUGGGACCCAGAUAGCCGCUCUUUCCACCAUGGCACCCGAACGUCAGAGCGACUUGGCCCAGGUGGCCUUUCGAGCAUUUGUAGCGGGCAGUGCAGCCUGCUUUAUGACUGCAUGCAUCGCAGGCACUCUUAUAUCAUCCGUCUCUGACACACCAGUAUCCACUACCUUUGCACCUUCAACUUUUUCUUUCACUCCCAAUAUGACAGCCGUGUUCUAAAGUUGUUGUUUUAAAAAAUUAUUCCUGUCAACUGCUGUAGACUUAACCACAGCUGACUAUUGUAAAUUUGUAAUAAACAUAUGGCUUCAUAUCAAAAUAAGUAGUCAUAAAUAAUUGUAACACGACCGCUGAUUGGUCGUCGUUCGUAGAUAGCCAGUCGUUUGUG